AUGAAAGAUAAAAUUGGCAUGACAGAUAUGUUGCAUGAGAAAGUGCGACAAAUGGAUGCCGAAGUGGAGAAAAUGAGUAAAGUGCUUCAGGCAAAGGAAGCUGUUUUAGAGGAUGUACUUUGUGCCAUAAAUCAGCUUCCGAAACAUCCGGUUAACACGAUCUUGAUCCGAAAUAUCUUGAAGUCAGAAGUGAAGCAAUUAGAAAGUUGUACUUUGAGCGAUUUCAAAUGUUACAUUAUUUGGAGUGCAUUGUUGCUAGAAAAUAUUUGCAUCGCCAUUAAAGUGGAAAAUGAUACACAAUAUACUAUAUUACCUGCAUGUGCUGCUCUUUGCAACUGUGACCUGUCUGAUACAACGACUGUCAUUUUUGAUGAUUUACUAACAAACCAGUACAUUCCGCCUCAAAGUAAGCGAACAUUAUUGGUUAGUUUUCGAAAAGGACUUUUGCUUAGCAAGCAAGUAAUACUUGCAUUAGAUUGUGAUUUUGUAAUCGUAUCAAAUUCAUGCUCGGACUUGGCCAUAUCAUCGUUUCUUCCAUCAAACAUUCACAGCAAACAAACUCGGAUUAUGAGUAUUCUUGAUCUUAACGAGCCAUUAAAAAAGUAUUCGUUGUCUGAAAUCGAUGAUCUCUCUUUAAAAGAAGGCUUAAAAUUAUAUCAGUGCAUUUAUGCUUGUCAUUUCUCUAAGUUGCUCAAUAUUACAUCAUCCUACUUGCGCACUGUUCUUCGUAACAUCGGGAAAUUUAGAGAAGUAGAUUUUGGCGAUUGGCAGCUUUUCAUCGGUGAAACAGAUACUAUAUGGAAUGAUUUUAUAAUUUAUGCAAAUUCAUUACUUACGGAAGGCGUGUUGUCUCAGUGCCGACUUUUCUCGAAGUGA